UCAAGCAGCAGUGCGCCCUUCUCGCCUUCGUAACAGCGCUCGCCGCCCCACGAAGGCGCGCUAUCAGUCACUCGACACAACCACCUCUAUCUCGCUUUCGGUGUUGCGUCUGGGCCUUAUUUCCGAUACAGCGGGCGUCCCGGACGCACAGCCGACAGGGCGAAGACCAUGGCUAGCUUUCGGGAAGGGCUCUGGGCCCUGUUCCUCGAGACAUUCGUCUUCAUAUGGUGCAACGUGGUGCGGCUAUUGUUCUGGCUUCGCUACCUGUGGUCGAAGCCUCACAGGGCGCCUCCCGUGAAGAACGAGCUGCUCCUGCGAUCCGCCACUCGCCUCGCCGCUGAAAUCAGAGAAGGCAAGGUGAAGAGCUCCGACGUAGUGCGGGCGUACAUCAACCGCAUACAGGAAGUGCAGCCUCUCCUGAACGCGGUGAUAGAAGACGCCUACGAAGAUGCGCUGCACAAGGCGGAGGAGGUCGACAGGCUCGUGGCCUCCGGCAGCCGCACUGUGCAGCAGAUGGAGAAGGAACAGCCACUGCUGGGAGUGCCCAUCACCAUCAAGAACUGCGUUGCCGUCAAAGGCAUGCGGUACGACGUUGGCUCCGCUUUCAGCAAGGGCCGCCGGGCUAACCAGGACGCAGUCGUGGUUUCUAGAAUUCGUGCUGCUGGAGCAAUUCCGGUGGCGAUGACCAACGUUCCGGAGCAGCUGCUCUGGUUCGACUGCGAGAAUACGCUUGACGGAGCCACCCGCAACCCGUACGAUACACGUCGCGUGCCCGGAGGAAGCAGCGGUGGCGAAGGCAGCCUAAUAGCCGCUGCUGGAUCCGUCAUCGGAAUCGGCACAGAUAUCGCCGGGAGUAUACGGCUCCCCUGUGCUUACUGCGGGAUCUUCGGGCACAAGCCAACGUCAGGUGUCGUUCCUCUUGACGGACUUCUUCCCGAUGUUGGAACGAUGGUCAAAUACAACACCGCUGGUCCGAUGUGUAGGUACGCGGAAGACAUGCCACUAAUGCUGAGCGUGAUGGCUGGACCGAAAGCUCCAGAGCUGCGCCUCGACAGCCAGGUUCUACUACGCAAUCUCAAGGUUUUCUACAUGGAGGAUGAGGGUAGUGUCCUGCUGAGUAAAGUGAAAUCCGAGGCUCGCAGAGCUGUCAGAAACGUGGUUGACUUCAUUCGCAACACCCACGGCGUUGAACCAAGCCGCCUGGAUGCGCCGGAGAUCCGAUACAGCAUCCCGCAGUGGUUGCUGGCCUACAACGAGUCCAAGUCGCGCCCUCUGCACGAAGUCUUCCGACCGGGCUCCAAUGGUAUCAGCUUCACUGCCGAGCUCCUCCGCUUGCUGACGGGCACUUGCCCCAACACGGCCGCCGCCAUGUUGGUUUGCUGGGCCUCCACGCUUUCGCGGUUCAGCUCCGAAAGCGCGCUCGCCGCUUUCCGCGGAACUCUGGACCUUUUGCGAGAUCGCCUAGAAACCCUGCUCGGAGACGAUGGCGUGUUCAUCUUGCCAGCAACCUCGGCACCCGCGGUAUACCCCCACCAGGACCUGUUCUUUCCCGAUAGCUUCAACUUCUUGUCCGUCUUCAACGUUCUCGAAGUUCCGGUCAGCGCCUGCCCCGUCCUGAGGACGUCCGAUGGUCUACCCAUGGCCGUCCAAGUGGUGGCCCGCAGAGGAAACGAUCGCCUCUGCUUGGCUGUUGCCAAAGAAAUCGAAAGGCAGUUCGGCGGCUGGGUAGAACCCGCUAAGGCGAAGCUGCGAGUGCGGGGAUAGGAGCUCCUUUAUUUAAACUAGUUAGGAUGCACUGCCCACUAACCGCAAUUUGUUUUCCAUACUGUGACCCGAGUAUUAGCUGUCAGGAUAGCUAAAAUAUAUGAAUGUUCGCUGUCGUUGGCGCGUUUCUCUUAGCAUGUCCAAAGCGCAUUAGCUUUUAAUGCUGCACCAAUGCUAGGUUGUUUUCUAUACGGCCCCUUGCAACAUGAUUUACGUAAACGCUGCGUUGCAGCUAUUUCAGUGCACGGCGCAUGGGUGGAAGUUCGUGGCAGAUUUAAAAUUACCUAUCUCUAACAAGGAAGCACGAGAUGUUUAUUGCGAUUGCCUUAAUCCCCUUAUAAUACCUCCUGGGAAUUUUUUUUCUUUCAAAGAAUGCUGAUUGUGUCUGCUUUUUGGUGACAAGACUCUGCUGAUAAUAUUGCUAAUACGGUAUUCUAAUAAUGACAUCUAUUCUGUUUAUAGUAACUCCAUUUCAAUGAAUGCGUUAAGCAUGAUUUUAAUCUAGCGUGAUGAUCACCGCCGCGUCAUAGUGACUUAGGAUUGAAAGCGAACACGUGUGUGCAGUAUCAAUGUGAAGAUUGAUGUUUGUGAUUGUGGCUAAUAAAUUCCCACUAAA